GUUACAAUAAUACAAAACAAUACUUGAAGUCAAGUGGAUCUUUUUUGAAGUGUUUGACUUCUAAUAUAUAAAGCGAAACCUGCAGUGUACAAUUAUUAUUGUAAAAUAUAAUUCUCCAACAUGAAAACCAUAUUGAUUUUGGCACUUUUCAGCUGCAUUGCUCUUACCAUCUACGCUCAAGGUCCUGAGCCUACCAAAGGACCUGAACCUGAGCCUACUGGUGAGCCUGAUGAACAAAGGUGCGACACUUGCGUAACAUUGACAACUAUAAUCAGAGACUACAUUGACGAAAAAGUUCCACUGGAUGAGGUUAAAAAGGAUCUUGAUAGAAUAUGCCACGAUUUGCCAGAUCAGUUGAAAGAAGUUUGCGAAAAGGAAUUGCUUCCAAAUCUUGACAGAGCCUAUGAAGAGCUCCAAAAACAUACACCUUAUGAGUUGUGUCAACAUUAUAAAUAUUGUUAAAAAGUAUUAAGAUUUUAAUAUGUAAAUUUAUAUAUAAAAGUACAAAAUAAAUUUUUAAAUUCUCAAACUAUGAUUUAUUGUAAUCAAGUAACCAAAAAUUUUCCUCAGUAUAUUUUUUCUUCUCUUAAUAUAA